UUAUAAAAUGAAUUAACUAAAAAUAAUUUAAUAUGGAUGAAGAUUUUUUAAAACUAGAAAAUAUUAUUUCAAAAACAAUUAAAUCAUUUAAAACAUUUAUAACUUUAAUAUUUAACUAUACUAAUACUAAUCUUCAUUUUUUAAAAAGAACAAACCAAAUAACAAUUGAUCAUUAUAAUUUAAUAGAAAAUUCUAUAGAAGAUAUAUCUAAUAAUAGAGAAAAUAUAUCUGAUAUUUAUAAAAAUAUAGAUAAUUAUUUAGAAAAAAUAGAAACUAUAAAAAAUCAAGUAAAUAUAUUGGAACAAAUAUCCAAUGAAUUAAACAAAUAUUCAAAGGAAUUGGAACUUAAAUGCCAAGAAUUACUUAAAUAAAAAUAUAUCUUCGUUAUAUAAUUAUAUAAAAUAAAAAC